AUGUGCAACAAAGGCCGACGGCAGAGCCCUGUCAAUAUAGAACCUGACAAGCUGCUCUUCGAUCCUUGGCUAAGAGAUAUACAAUUCGACAAGCAUAAGGUCAGUGGCGUUCUUCAGAACACAGGACAAUCCCUAGUGUUCAGAGUGGAGAAGGACUCGAAGCAUCAAGUGAACAUCAGCGGCGGUCCGUUGUCCUACAGGUACCAGUUCGAGGAGAUCUACUUCCACUAUGGCAUGGGUGAUAACAGAGGCUCCGAACACCAAAUCGAUCACCACACUUUUCCAGGAGAGAUUCAGUUAUAUGGCUUCAACAAAGAACUAUAUCACAAUAUGACGGAAGCGCAACACAAAUCUCAAGGCGUUGUUGGAAUUUCACUAAUGGUUCAGAUUGGUGAACCAACAAACAAGGAAUUGAGACUUAUUACGAGUGCUUUCAACAAGGUUAUGUUCAGAGGCAGUUCAUACCCUAUCAAACAUCUACCACUCAGCUCCCUGUUGCCCAACACUCAACAAUACCUGACCUACGAAGGAUCUACCACUCACCCUGGAUGCUGGGAAACAGCUGUCUGGAUUAUCUUCAACAAACCAAUUUAUAUAUCUAAACAAGAGAUGUACGCCCUCCGGCAACUGAUGCAAGGCUCACAGCUGACGCCGAAAGCACCUCUUGGUAACAACGCGAGACCUGUACAACCUCUGCACCAUCGGACAGUCAGAACUAACAUCAACUUCAACAAACAGGGCACGCAGGUUUCUAGCAACUGUCCUGACAUGUACCGCAAUAUGCAUUACACAGCAACACAAUGGCCCAGGGAUCAUAGCGUCCGUUAUCGGAGCACCGAAGAUCUCUCCAUGUUGUCACCAAACUAA